AUGGCGUUCCUCUUUCAAAAGAAAACAUCCAAUCAGGAUGCAGAACAUUUGGGAGGUCUUUCCGAUGCUCAUUUCACUGCUUGGAAGUUCAAAUAUGCUAGAGACGAAGAUGAAGAAUCCCCCGACUGUUGCAUUAAUGCCUUCGACUUUGACCGCGUAAUAGCAGGGUCUGAUGAAGGUAGCGGAGGUGAAAAUGAAGGUAGAAACGUUGAGUCGUCGAAAGAAUCAGACAAACGCAAGGGGCCAGAGGCCUGUUUCCAACUCAAAAAGGCCUUUCUUCUGACUCCCGACGAACAAGAGCGUCACGAAAUCGAACAUAAAACUGUCUCGGUGACGCGUUCCAGUCUACGGGGAUCGGUAUUCCUUCUACAGCUGGACCUGCGCCAGAUGAGUGAAAAGACUGCCAGUUUGUGUUCCUGUCACUGCGUACACACGACUUCACCCUCAAGUGAUGCUUUGGUUAUCACUUCGGCAAGGAAAGAAGACAGAGGCGCGAAUGCAGAGAUGGCGUGUUCCACGGGGCCUUCUUCAAACGAUGCCCUCCCUGAUUGCCAUGGAGAGCGUCUGUGUCCAGUAGUCACUGUUGCUGAUAGCCACCUUCUCGUCACAUGGCCACCUCCAAAUGAGGUUUCGGAUUCUGUCAACCGGCAAACAUCGGAAUCGGGCCAAAACCGUGUGGAAGCGGGUAGCGGCACAAUUGCAAAGAUGUUCAAAGAGACAGUUUCGGCGGGUAAAACUGACAGCCGCAUGUUCCUUUUCCCUUUCCCCUUCCCAUUCUGUUCGCUCUUUUGCAGAGCACUCUUCUCGAUCGGUCCUGACCCUCUCCUCACUGUCAUCAUACCGACAGACGUGCAUGCCGUCGCUCGUCUUGAGUCUUGCGUUCCGUCAAUUUGCAUGGCGGAGGGACCCACUGAGUGUCCUGAAGUGCACACGGAUGGGACUGCCCUCGUGAAUAACUCCACGACAUUAUCGGCUCAUAGUUGUGCGAAUUUUGAAUUCGAGACAAAGCAAAUGCCUCUGCCCGUUGCAUGCAGCGUUCAUUCCAACGGGGGAUGGGGACAGGAAGGGUCAACGUGGACAGAAAGCGAGAUUGCAAAUGCCUAUCUCGAUACAGUGUUCUGA